CAUCAUGAAGUUGUUCAAGAAGAAACCCGCGAACUGAUGCGCCAGAUUCAGUAGAAAUGUAUCGAGUAUGAUACAGAGUGGAAGCUCUCCAUUAUCGAGCUUAUCGUGCCCAGACUCAAUCGUAGUGGGUAUGAGAGGCCAGCAUGGCAUGAUGCAAGUGUUUGGUGCGGCAGGCGUGGGCAGCAUGUCAAAGUAUUGUCUUUUGAAUUCCCCCUUGCUCAUCAUUGUCGUUCGCCCAGAGAGAACUUAGGUCGAAAAAAGUACUCGUCAAGUGACAAGCCGAUCCAAAGAGAGGUAGCCAUUUUGACAAGCAGGCCUUUAUAUGCUGCUGCGAUGCGCCUGCUCAUACGAUCCCUCGGAUUGCAGAUUUACGAGGGCGAAGACGCAGAAUAUACAGAGUAUUCCGAUGUCUACCUGUCACAUGAGCGUGAUAAAUUUCAUUUUAUCUGUUUUUCUGCCACAGUUGUACAUAUUCACUCUGUACCCAUAGUCAACC